CCUCUGCCUCGGCCGCCUCAGUCACAGUUGCUCCGCUGCAUGAGCAUGUCGGCGGAGGUGUCCCGCAGGUCCGUGUCCAACAAAGGCGACGACGAUGAGGCCGAAAAGCAGCCGGCGGCCGCCUCCGGGGGCGGCGAAAUCAAACUCGAGGCCAAGAUGACGCUGCUCAACGGCAUCACCGUCAUCGUCGGCAGCAUCAUCGGCUCAGGCAUCUUCGUGUCGCCGACGGGCGUGCUCAAGUACACGGGCAGCGUGAACGCGUCCCUGCUGGUGUGGACGGCGUCCGGCAUCUUCUCCAUGUUCGGCGCGUAUUGCUACGCCGAGCUGGGCUGCAUGAUCUCCAAGUCGGGCGCCGACUACGCGUACAUCAUGGAGACGUUCGGCCCGUUCCUCGCCUUCAUCCGGCUGUGGAUCGAGUGCAUGAUCGUCCGGCCGUGCUCGCAGGCCAUCGUCGCGCUCACCUUCAGCGUCUACGUCCUCAAACCCUUCUUCCCCGAGUGCCAACCGCCCGACGAGUCCGUCAGGAUGCUCGCCGUCUGCUGCAUCUUGUUGCUGACAUUCGUCAACUGCUACGAGGUCAAAUGGGCCACCAUGGUCCAGGAUUACUUCACCUAUGCCAAACUAUUUGCCCUCUUCAUUAUCAUCGGCACCGGCCUUUACCAACUCUACUUGGGACACACGGAGCACUUCACCUUUGAGAAUACGAAAACGGACGUGACGGAAAUAGCCUUAUCAUUUUAUUCCGGUCUUUUUGCAUACAACGGAUGGAACUACCUAAAUUUCAUCAUUGAAGAGCUGAAAGACCCCGUUCGUAAUCUCCCGAAAGCCAUUGCCAUUUCCUGUACUCUGGUCACUGUUGUCUAUGUCCUGGCUAAUGUUGCUUUCUUCACCACUCUAUCACCGGUGGAAAUCCUCGGUUCCGAAGCUGUGGCUGUGACUUUUGCCAAUCGUCUCUACGGAUACAUGGCGUGGAUCAUUCCCGUUUUUGUGGCCAUGUCUACAUUUGGUGCCGUCAAUGGAGUUCUCCUCACCUCCUCCCGACUCUUUUAUGCUGGUGCGAGCGAAGGACAAAUGCCCGAAAUCCUGACCAUGAUUCAAAUCAACAGACUCACCCCAGCUCCUGCUGUCCUCACAGUCGCACUCCUGUCACUGUUGUAUCUCUGCGUGUCAGACAUCUUUGCCUUGAUCAACUACGUCGGAUUCGCCACCUGGUUGAGCAUAGGAGUCGCUGUGCUGUGCCUGCCAGUUCUUCGCUACACCCAACCGAACCUGCCUCGACCCCUGAAAGUGAACCUUUUCUUCCCUUUCUUCUACAUCAUCUGCAGCAUUUUCGUUACUGUUGUGCCCAUGAUUGCUAGUCCAGUAGAAACAGGUUACGGCUGUCUCAUGAUUUUGACCAGCGUGCCUGUUUACCUGGUGUUUAUAGCGUGGAAGAGCAAGCCCAAAUUUGUGAGAAACCUUUUCGAUGGAGCUACCAAGUGGUUGCAAAAGCUAAUGAUGGUUGUGCGUCCGACGACAAGCAGCAGCAACUAGGGUGCUCCAAAAGGUGUUGUUCGUGGUGGGCCCUGACAGGAAGGCCCAGGUGUAAGCAAAGGAGGAAUUAAAAACGAGAGCGGCCCACCAAAAUUAUACUGCCAUUACUCAUCACCUGUAUAUCAUCACACAUUCCGCAGCGAGUUGCAUCCAAAUCGAAUCACAAUUCGUCAAAUCAGCUAGAAUUUAUAGAGGAGGAAUUAAUUAAUAAUCCUCUCUCAGGGAUUCGGCCCUGGAAAAAUGCUGAUAUAAUUGUUUGCGCUGCUUGUUCGAAUGUCUGCAAUGAAGGUAUUUUUAUAUUUUAGCUGGACUAAAAUUAUGUUGCAAAUUUAGUGAUUUCUAUAGACGCAUUCCAUAUUUUCAAUUUGAUGAAUAUAUAUUUUUUAGAUUUGAAAAUUAUCAGCUGAUGCUCACUAUCUUUUUUCUCUCAGAAAGACAAUAACAUUCAGCUGCAUAGUUUUUUUUUUUUUUAUUAUUAUUUGCGAGCAUUUCGGAACAAACGAAUGCAUUCCGUUGGUCGCGGGGACCACCGAUCACACAUUUUACUCUCGGACAGGUGCAUUAUCCAUUAAUCGUGUUGUCACGCAAAUGUGAUAAUUAUAUCCAGCAACAAAAUAAUAAUAGUAAGUGGACAAGACACGUAAUCAAUCGUUGUUGUUCUCGCGUUUAAGUAAGGAAAAAAAGCAGUGUGAAUAUUUUAUUCUGGGGCGCCGCUUUAUCCGAACAAACUCAAUAUUAUCAUAUACAGGAAAAUGAGAUGGUCGGAAGUUGCCGAAGUAUGAAUCGUGGACUCACGACAAUAAAAGCAAUGCUAGAUUGUAAAUAGUUUCGGAUAAAGUGGACCCAGAAUUUAGAAUAAAGAAAGACAUAAAAAUGAGCUACAGCUUGGAAUUUAUAUUUUGAAAAAUAAAAUACAAAAUAAGUGUUCUUCUUUUAAUUUUCCUUUUAAAUUUUUGUUAAUCU